UGCCAUCUCCUUGUUAUGGUGUCUUCUGAAGUGACCUGCUACAGAUGCCUUCAGUGUUUGACAAAGAACCUUUCCAGAUAUGCAGCAGAUAUUAAGUCAAUGCCACCCAACAUAAAGGAUAAACUGAUUAAAUUAAUGAGUAGGCAAGGGCAAAUAACUGAUUCAAAUAUCAGUGAGGUAUUGCACCCCGCCGUAGAGUCUCUAGACCUCCGAGACUGUGAUAUUUCAGAUAAUGCAUUAUUGCAGCUUUAUAACUGCAAGCAACUGAAAAAAAUCAACUUAAAUUCUUGCAAAGAAAACAGAUUGGGAAUCACUUCAGAAGGUGUAAUAGCGUUGGCCUUAUCCUGUCCUUACUUGCGUGAAGCGUCUUUUAAAAGGUGCUGCAAUAUAACUGACAGUGGAGUUCUUGCUCUUGCGCUCAACUGCCAGUUCCUACAAAUAGUGAACUUGGGCAGCUGCUCAGGCAUCAUGGAUGCAUCUCUGCAGGCCCUAGGAGGAAACUGCAAAUUUCUUCACAGCGUGGACUUUUCAUCUACUAUGGUAACAGAUGAUGGCGUUACAGCACUAGUAAGUGGACCGUGUUCAAGAAAUUUAAAGGAGAUCCACAUGGAACGCUGUGUGAACCUGACCGAUGUUGCUGUGGAAGCGGUCCUUACUUGUUGUCCAAAGAUACACAUUUUUCUGUUCCAUGGAUGCCCACUGGUGACAGAUCGUUCCCGAGAUGUUUUAGAGCAGCUAGUCAUAUCAAACAAAAUCAAGCAAGUAACGUGGACUGUUUACUGAUUAUUUAUUGUGUACAUGAGAGUGGAAAGUUUACAGAACGGAGAGCUCUUUCAGAAAACGAGCACCUUGGAGAAGCAGCUGGUGACUUUUGUACCACCAGAUUGCUUCCCUCCUUGUUCCCACCAGAGGUCUCCAUCGCCAUUCCAGUCCUUGCCUGUGAGUCUGGGCUUCCCCAUUGUCUCUACUUCAAGCCCUGUCUGUCUUUGCAUCGCUGAUCAUGCUUCAUUAAGAGGAAAGUUAAACUAUAAUUAAUACUACACCGACACCGCUCGGCCUCCUUGAAGUAUCAGAUUUGGCUACUACUUACCAUCUUUUAGCAUUUUAGCUACAUACACAAGCCCAAUUUAAGUAAGUCUCUGUUCUGAUGUUGAAGUCUGAGAGAAAAGUUGCAACUCAAAGUACCAAGCCCAAACAUAGUAUUAGCACUUAGGCAGAAGUGUCUGUAAAGUUGGGACUUCAAUCUGACAAAAGUCAACAGACAGAACUGGUGAAUGGAGGUGGCGUUAACAGCAAUGCAAAUGUACUUUUAGUAGUAACAAUGAGUCGCCUUUCACCAUGUACUUUUGCUGGAUCUGGAGGAACACUGUAGGUACCUUUCUUUUGGUGUUGCUGAUGCUGCAGGUUUCUGGGUUUAUUUACCACCAAAUACUUGCUUGAUUUUUAUACGUCCAAAAGUACAGCCUGUGAACAUGUAAACAUGUAAACUUGCUUUGAAAUUCUUGUGGUGACUUAGCAGAUUUCAGAGUAGUAGCUAUGACCAAUAAAAUAAUCUUGUAUAUGGGCAAAUAUUUAUUUGCUCCGGCUUUUGCCCAUGUUCCUGCAUGAAAAUCCUUUUAGGGAACAAAACAUUGGUUCUCAUAAGCAUAGCUGUGAGUGAAAUAGGACCAAAUUUAGUGUCUGAAUACAUGAAUCUCAGGAUGGUAGAGUUCAGCAGAGUAUGUGUUCUGCUGUAUGCAGUUUAUUGUAUCUCCAGUGGCCUCCAGAACCUGAAAAUAACAAUUUUUUAUAUGUUGUUCAGUUGUAGUCAUACUAAAGAAAAAAAGUAAUCAAAAGUGUAGAAUGAAUUUCUUACCUGAUGGAGCUGUGAUCUCAUCAGAAUUAUAAGUCAUGUUCAUUGGCUUUCUUGAAACAGCAUAACAUCUAGUAAGACUUCUAUGAUUUAUAUAUUAAACUUUUUAAAAUGCUAGCAAUUUUAGCAUGAUACAGGGCAGGUAGCACAUUAGGUUGAUUUACAAUUUAACACUUGUCAUAGUCACACUCGUUUUAAGUGUUGCAGAAAUAAGCUGGUCUUCUACUAAUCUACGUAAAGUUCAGGUCAAAUUGCAUGGAAGAUAAUAACGUAUGUUGCAUCCAGCAGUAUUAAAGGAUAUUAUGAUACCUGACAAUAUUCUCUGUUCUUCUGUUGAUUAUAUGGUUUAUGGAAGAGCAAGUCCAUUUAGAAAACUUGUUCAAACGUAACUGAAAGCAUAAUUUUAAAACGCUGGUGCCUAAAUCCCUGACUCUUGUUGCAUGGAGUACCAUGGCUCAGCCCAGUGACGAAUGUGUUCCUCUGAUACCUAUAGGUAUAACUGCACUGGUACAAACCGUUCCUGCGACCAGGAGAAGCUGGUUUUGCUACAUUAGCAACUAGCACAUGAAGGCUGCAACUGCAGCAAAUCCUUGGACCAGAUAGAGGCCUAAGAACUUAAUCUACUGUGGUUUAUUCCCUUUUUUUUUUUUGGCUAAAGAGUAGUUUCAUUGUUUUGCCCUGUGGAAUCCCUGGUAUCAAUGAGGGCCCAUCAUUCAUUAGAACUCCUGGACAUGAGUUGGCAAUAAAUUUGGUUUGUGCUAUUUUUCAUGUUGAUCCAUCUAGCUGAUUAGGCAGCAGUAAUCUCAAGGAAGUAAAGCAUAAGUAAACCAGGCUGCCAGCCCUGGUUUCAGGAAGGGUACCACAAAAAGAGUAAGUAGAAUUGUAAGCGAACUCAAGUGGGAAGGGGCUUCAGGAGGUUUCUGGUCCAACCUCCUACCCAAAGCAGGGCCAGCUCAGAGCUCAGACCAGUUUAGUCAGGGCUUUAUCCAGCCAAGUCUUGAAAAACCGAAGACUGAAGAGCUUUCACAACCUUUUAAGGCAACUCGCUCCACUGCUUGACUGUAUUCAUGGUGGAAAAAAGUUUUCCUUCUAUCUUGUUUGACCCUAUUUUGUUCUAGCUUACACCCUUUCUCACUGGAAGAGCCUGGCUCUCGUCCUGACAACCUCCUCAUAGGUGAGAGUGGGCUGCUCAUGGGUCCCUUGAAGCCUUCUCCAAGCUGAACAAACCCAGUUCCCUCAGUCUGUUACUGUAAGACAUGGAACUAUAACAUAGCAUGGUGAUGGGCACCAGACUCUCAAGUGCUACAUCCAGAAAGAAAAUUAUUAUAAAGACCACUAAAAUAUGUAACAGCAAAGGACACUUAAAAAAAAUUGUCUGUGGGACAGUGCUGCUGCUAAUCUCACCAUCAAAGUUGUCCUUUUCCCCCUUGCUAAUGUAACCUUAGAUUUGUUACGUUGAAGGCAAAUGAAGCGUAUACUGUGUCCUUAAACAUGCAUGUAGAUUUACUGUCUUCUCCUAUAGCCUCUUCUAAAUGUGUAACCUAGUGGUAUAUCCUCACCCUGUGCUUAAAAAUAUGUACAAUGCUGCAGUGAAUCAACACUGUAUUUUUAGGUUUGAAAGUUUAAUGUAAGUCAUUGUAAGACUUUCACUGUCAGAGCUUGAGUCUGCUCUCUUGUGUGUUUAUUGCUAGCAUAAUGCUACUGGAAUAUUUUUUGAUUCAAGUUAAAUCAGUAAUUUUCAACAAAUGUUUAUAAGCACGGGGUGAAGUGGGAGAAGAAUAUCAUGUAUACACUUACUGCUUCAUAUGCUGUAUUGUUUGGAUAUUGUUAUUGUUGUAAAUUGUUGGUUGAGCACUGUAGAAUAUUCACAUAUUGUUCUUGUAAAUCUUCUAUGUGGAUAAUUCUGAAAACUUACUAAAUUAUAUUUUAUGACCAUGUACAUCUGAAUGUGCUCCUAAACAUCCUACUUCAUAAACACUAUGGUUUUCUGAGUGAGUACCACAUACUCUUUCACAUUUGUAAGCUUCCACAACAUCACGUGGUAUUUGGAUGGUUGUAGGUGUAUUUUGUUCUAUUCUGCAGUCACUAGUUCCCUGUCACUGCUUGUUCAACAGUUCAGUGCUGGAGGUGACAGUUCUUCUAAGACUGCUCUGAAACCAUUGGUUUCUUCUUCAAAUGGCUGCAUUUAUAGUUUCCUACUUGUGGAUCAAUUUAUUUUUUUCAUUUUAACCUGCAGCGGGUUCUUUGUUGACAGAUGUAGCUGAGAAUGAUUCCAGAGCUUGUAGUCCAGCAUCUCCUCAAGAAAAGAGAAAAAUAAUUAGAUCUGACUUUUAUUCCCUGUUUUU